GGCGCAUCCUCCCUGCGACUCUCGUUAUAGAGCUUCAACGCCGUGUGAGCCCACCCUGCGCAGAAAUAUUCCAUCAGAUGAAGAGGAGAGUUUUCCUUUUUCCUCAUCCACGUUGACUUGUUGCCACGUCGUUGUCAGUUUUUGAAUUGACCCAAUCUUCUCUUCGUUCAAAGACUUAAAUUGGCCCUCACUUUCACUGCUUCCUUAUUCUGUUUAUUGUGCUGUGUAAUCUCACAUUGAGUUAGUUUAGAGCUCGUUGGCCAUUUUGAGGAUUGCCAUGUCCCAGAAGAUUCCAUCUGAUAGCUUUGCUGUGGGACGCGGGCUUCUGGCUGCUGCUGAGACCCUCAACUUCAGCAUGAAUGAACAGCGUUCAGACAGUCUCCAUCAUGGCUCAACCUCCAGACAGUUGCACGGCAUGUCCUCGGGUAUGGGUGGUGGUGAGUGUGACCCGCAGCUGUCCCGUCGUGGUGGCGGCGGCAGCCACAUUGGCAACUCCAUGAAGCUAUUUGCCAGCUUGGGCCUGUCGCCCGCUGACCUGGACGUGCUGGCACAGAUCCCAGAAGAUAACAUUAGUGUGGAGACCUUGCCUCACCUUAUAAUGCAGCUUAAGAACCGGAAGGUGGAUUCUGACAGACGCAUGGCAGGCAACUCUAGAGGGGACCUGUCCGGGCUCACCUCUGAGCCCUCAUACAGAGCCAGCAGAGACGACUGGGAUGGCAUGCGUGUUGGCAAACUGGGUGGUUCCAUGGGGCAAGCUUCGGCCCACGCUCAGCAAGGAGACUUGGGCUACAGUUCCAUCCAAGACACUUCAGCUGGAAGGUACGAACUCGACUAUGGCCACGGCAGCGGUGGAAGAGAUCCAGGGUGGUAUUCAGAUCUUUCCCGUGAUCGCUACAGCGGUAUGGGCAUGGGUCCCCCUUCAGCGGCAGACAGUGUCUUUAUGACCAGGAGAAUGGGAUCCCCGUCCCAAGGCAAAGUGCAGGACUUCUUAGGAGUUACACCUCACAUGUUUCCCCAUGUGUGCUCUCUUUGUGAUUUUGACGUGCACUCUACCAUGGAGUGGAACCAGCACGCGGAUGGAUUACGCCACACAGAAAACCAGAGGCUCCUCCUGCAAAUGUACCCAGAAUGGGAUCCACACAUGGCCACAAGCAGAAGCGGUGGGUCUCAUCUACUGGAGACCACCAAUCAAUCAGACGGUCUUCUGGGACCCAUCCCCAUUGCUGAAAGGCAGCAGGCUGGAGGAGGGCGCUUGAACUCCGGUUGGGGUGGUGGUGUUGGAUCUAAUGUUGGUUCAGGCAAGCCACAUCAACGCUCUAUGGCACUUAAGCAGAUCAGAAGCAAAGUCGUGGUGGCCAAAUAUGACAUGAGUCCUCUGUCUAACAAAGCCCUGUUCGCCCUGGUUGAACCCUUUGGAACUCUCUGUGAACACCUGGUACUGAAGAACAAGGCCUUUUUAGAGAUGGAGACUCAUAAGGAAGCUCGGGAUGUGGUGAGCUACUACCAGCAGAACCCAGCGAUGUUGCAUGGGAAACAAAUCACUUGUUAUCUGUCCAAGGAACUCAUGGUGAUUCGGAAAGACAGCAGAACUGAGAGAAUCAACCGGGAGGCGAAACAAGGCAAAGAGCCGGCGGCGGUGAACCAAUCGCAGGUCGUCUUCUUCUCCAACUUGCCUCGUGAGAACGAGAAGAAGCAGGAACUCCUCACCAUCGCGCGGCGCUUCGGCACCGUGGAGAAACACUUGUUUCUAACUGAUGAGUCUUUUGUUCAGCUGGGGUCUGCGGAGGAUGCUGAGAUGUUGGUGAAGUACUACACUCUGAAUCCCCUGACCAUCCAGGGAAAGACUGUCCGUUUAAACAUCUGUACCAAGUACAAGACCUUAAAUGUGAGUAAUCACUCCAACAAACUGAUGGAUGAUAAGAGAAGGAGAAGCAACAGUAGUACUGGGUCCAAAGACAAAAGUUCUUCCAGAAGUGGUAAAUCUUCCUCUAGCAGCAAAGCCAAAGAGGACAAGGUGGAACCACCAAAAGGAGAGGACUGCGGUGCAGAGAGAAAGGGGGAGAGGUCAGGAGGAGAGGGGGAGGGGUCGGGUGAUGAGGUGGCAGGUGUGAUGGAGGGAGAUGACGCCGAGGAGUGCAAAGGAGAGGGAGACCAAGGUUCGCAUGAUGUUAGGUCGUCAGAGGACAAUGCUGAAGGUGUGACGGAGGACCCAGAGACCGCUGCCAACACCAGUCUGGAAUCCCAGGAGGAGAAGGAACCUGCUCCGGACUCCGACGACGUUCCGAGCACUGCCAAGGUUCUGAGCAGUAGUGAUGUCACAGAGCAGGCUGAGGGGUCAGACGUGGAGGAGGGGACUGUGCCUGGUCCAGAGGAGAAAGCGGAGGGAGAGCCUGAGAGUGAACAGAUGGAAACUGAAGCCACUACAGACGAGCCAGAGACCGAGGACAAGGAUGACAUGCCGUCGGCAGAGCCAGCAGAGAGCUCAGAGAUGCAUGAGGAACAACUACCUGCAGACCAGGAGGAGGGCAGCAUGGAGCAGGAUUUCCCAGAGAACAUGGAUGACUUUGUGACUCUGGAUGAGCUGGCAGAGGACGAGGACUUGGAGAGACAGGACUCCUCAUCCAAAGAAAAGUACUCCUCUUCAGGAAGCUCUAAGAAAAUUGGGGGAUUGAGAGUGGUCAACGUUGUGGGAUUUAAACGAGCCUAUGGUUUUCUGAAUGAGAUCUUGGCCCUGGCCAAGCCCUUCGGUACUGUAGUUCAGCACCUGGUGCUUGACGUGAGACCUGAGGCCUUUCUGCAACUCAAUUCGGAGGAAGAGGCGAAAGCAAUGGUCAAUUUCUACAGUGGGAAUGUAACACCGACUGUGUGCGGGAAAUCUGUGAAAAUCUACCACUCACAGACAUACGCUACCAUUCAGAGUGGGAGAGUGGUAUACGUGGGUCAGAUUCCCCACUUCAAAUCCUCAGAUGCCUCUCUUCUGAAAAUUGCUGAACCGUUCGGCAAAGUGAGACGCUAUUUCCUGAACAGAUCUCGCAACGAGUGUUUCAUUGAGAUGGAACGUGGAGAGGACGCUGAGAGAAUGUCUGAGACCUACAAGGACACGCCCCCUAAAUUCGAAGGCAAGCGACUAACGGUGUACGUGAGCAGGAAGUACAAACAGCUCAAAUACGGACACCGACCACCUGCCCCUGACUCUGAGGAGAAGAAGAGGUCGUCGAAGAGGGAGCGAUCGGGCAGUGAAGCGAGCUCCCACAGGAGCUCCGCAGCCAAAAGCUCAGCCAAACAGGAUGAAGAACCUCCAGUCAAGAAGUCCAGAGAGGAGACGGCAUCUUCAUCAGCAGACAAGCCUGACGAGGAGAAGAUGGUGGAGACGCCCACUGAGCAGAGUGAGGUUAGGAAGGAGGAGGAGGAGGUACAGGGAGAGCACGGUCAACCCUCUGAGACCUCAGCUGUACACAAGAUUGACACUGACAUGAACAUCAAAAUGGAGGAAAACGAGACGGCCAUUUCCAUAGUGAGUGUGAGGAGCGUUGAGGAGAAUGGAGAGACUGCCUGCACACCAUCCCAGGCUGAGGGGAAGCUUUCAUCGACCAGCCCGGUUCCUCUGGGGCCUUAUGAGUCUAACAACCCAGUGGGUGUUGAAUAUGUGAAGAUGGGGUACUACUGUAGAGUCUGUUUCCUGUUCUAUUCCAAUGAGGAGACGGCCAAGAAGGUUCACUGUAGCAGUCAAUCUCACUACCAAAAACUCAAGAAACAUCUGGAAAAGGAGAAGGCCAAAGCUCAAAGUACCACAGGGACGAAGACUCCUGUUUAGGAAUGAUGACAAGUGUUGGAAAUGUUUACGCUUGGAUAGAGUUCGUUUGUAACGCAAGAGUGGAUGUUUCAGCAAUUCUUUUUUUGUCUUUUCUUUUUUUUUUUCAUGCUUUCAUGUUUAGUCAUACAGUCUUGUAACUCUUUAUUUUAACCAAUGUACUGUACCAGGAGGAACCAACCAUGAAUGGGUCUGGAGAAUGUAGGGAGUUUUGUAUGCCUGGUUUUGUUUUUAAUAUUUUCUGAUAACUCGUCUUGCUAAAUUGUUAAGCGCAAGACACAUUUUUGAUUUGUGUUGAAGUCAUAGGACGACAUCCCUCUCAGAUGCUGGUCUUUUGAUUGGUUCCCCGACUGUUGUGAUGCAGAGACAAGAAAUUGCGUAACCAAUUAUAUUAGGGCAAGUGUCUAAAGAAAGGAGUUUGGUUGAUCAUUUUUAAUAAAUGCCUCCCAUGCAGAUGUUCAGAUAAUUGCAUUGCUUGGAUGUAUAAUGAACAAAAAUAUAAAUUCAACAUGUAAUGUGUUCCCACGUUUUAUGAGUUGAAAUAAAAGAUCCCAGAAAAGUUUUAUUGUG